AUGGCUUCCGUCUCCCAUCCGAAUGUGGUGCAAGCUGCGGUGCCGGUUCCUGAAACACCCCCAGAGCCAGGGGACUACCAGUCGGAGUCCAGCCAAUGUAGAAGGCUUCCAGCCUUUUGGGACGAUUGGUACGAUGAACCCGAUAUCUGCCCCGAUGAUGAGGACGAUCGCUCUGAAAUAAUCUCAAACGACCCUGAUCUAAUUCCCUACCCUCUCGACAAUGGCGAACUCCAACGCCUGUUUUAUCCUCUGCACAUGCCAAACGCUGGCUGGCGCUACCUGCUGGAAUUUGGUCAAGAGGCAAGGAGACUGCACAGAUACGUCAGAACCCACCCCGACUUCAGCAUGCGAGCGGCCGAAUAUCUGGGCGGCCCCCACGGCACGGAAAUGCGCCAGUCAAUCAUCAUCCGACACUAUAUCAAGAAGCGGUGGGAACGUCUAGGCGUCUGGAACCAUCUCUGGGGUAUUCCUGGUCGUCUCAACCCGGGAGAGAUCGACCACACGGAUUUUUGGGUCUGGGAUUGGGAGCGUACAUAUGCCGACCGCGACCCAGACCACCCUCUUCGCCGUAUGCUUCGUCUUCGUCAAGGACUUUGGCAGGGACAGGCCGGCCCCCGCCACCCACACGGCACCCUCGCCAGUGAUGCUUCAAUCCGUGAGGCGGAAGCCUUCUUGCUGUCUCGGCCGUUCUUCAUGCUGAGACUCGAGGAGUACGAGGAGAUACAGCGUAUGAAGCGGAGCGACGAGAGGUGGGAUGAGGACAAGAUCGUCAGGGAGCGUUGGUAUGAAAGGAACGACUGGAAGGAGGAGUGGAACGACCUUGAUGGUGACGGUAAUUGUCUCCCUGGCUGGACCUGGCCCCACGAAAAUCCCGAGUCAGAGAUUCCCCCCUACGAGGAACUCAAUUCAAUGGAGGAUAUUGAGUUUACUCCUUCCGAAGCCGAUGCUCUGGAGGAAACUGACAGAUACGAGCUCGAAAUGUCCAGUACUGUGGAUGAGAUGACAUUUCAGGCUAUGAGACGGGCGGCUGCGAGUCCGGAGGAUAUGAGACAUGACGCAAUGAGACGGGAGAUUUCCAGACAGAGGGAUACACCAGAUCUUGGUCAGGUGAAUAGUUACCCCCCGGGAAUGAUGCAGUUCGUACGAUCCAUGCAGCAGCGACAAUUAGGUUACACUGGGGUGGUAGCUUGGCUAGGUGGCCAUCCUUUGAACCCCGACGACUUGACCGGAAGAGCUUAG